UGUGUGUUCGGAUUAUGGCCCUGCUGCUGAUGCUAGUAGGCCAAUGGAAUCCCUUCGCAUCACUAAAAUCGGAAACAAUGCAAAAAUCAAACAAAAUUUGAGCUUGGCUUCCCCCAAAGCUACAAGAGCACUCGGAAAGGUGUGUACAAACUCCAAGGCCUUCGAUUGUGCACUGCUGACUGUCAGGGGUAGCUCCUCGGAUCGACCACCGCUGGCGCUGAUUAAAAGCUUCUUGAAAAUACGCAUGAUGGAGGCAUCCCACAUACGACCCGUGCCGGACCGUCUAAAGCCUCGAAUCAUGAGCGAAUCGAAGCCGCUCUACUCGCCACAUCGCUGUGUGCUGGAUGAUCGAAAUUGUUGCACGGACUUCAGGCAGGAGCAGCAGCAGCAGCAGCGGAAAAAGGCCGCUAAGGAGCGCAAAACGAGGCAGCAUGGAAGUCUGUUCAAGGAUGAGGACAUUACCGAUCUGGAGCCAUAAAUGAACAGCGAAGAUGCACAAAAUUAUAAAGUAAAUUAAAAUGUUUUUGGUGGAAGAAUUUAAAUAAAACUUAGAAAUGUUUGAAUAAACUCUUGUUUCAUUUGCCAACGAUUUUGUGAGCUAAACAUUCAUAUCUGCAACGUAUAUUAGAUACAUUUGCUACCACUUCUUGGCUUAAUUUCCAAGCAACAAAUUGGUGGCCACGCAAUUUAGUCUCAAGUUGCACGCCAUCUGGUUGCCUCCUCGUCCCACUUGCAACUGUCAUGUU